AUGAAGAAGAACAGCAUUGAGGAGAAGCGAAUGAAACUGUAUAAAUUAAUGGAUGAUGAAGGCGGAUUUUAUAAUAAAAAGGAAUUCGAGCAAUUAGCAAGAAAGUGCCUGAUUCAGCCAAUGGCAAUCAAAGAUUCAAUGAACUUUUUACUGAACGAAAACUUAAUAUUAUCUGAAAAAGCCGGUAUUUCUACUGUUUACUGGGUACCUAAAAUCAAUGAAACGGUUGUAUUGACCAAAAAGAAAGACCAGUUAAUAGAUGAGAAGGAGAAAUUGAUUGAAAAAAAGAAAAGUUUAGAAAUUGAGAGUAACAACUUAAAGGAAGAGUUAAAGGGCAUAAACGUAAGUUAA